UUUGGUGUGGAAUGCAAAAUUGUUUGAAAAAAAACUUCUUUCAACAAAUUUUUUUCUACUAAACAUAAUUUUUUAUUUUUAUUAUUUUUGAUUUAUUCUUCAUCCUUUUUUUCCUACAUUUCCUUUACAUAUAUCUUUUUUUUUUCAUUAGCAAAAUUUAACUUCAAAAUAUAGCUCCAGGCUAGGGUUUCAACUACUUUUUUUCUUCUUCCUCUUCUAACCGAAAUUAAGGGUAAGAAAAUCUCAUUCAAAUAAUUUAAAAAUUAAAUUGAAAUUCAAAUGAUUUUUUUUUUUUUUUGAAUGAAUGUGAUUAUUUAAUUUCGUAAAAAACAAAUAACAAAUCCCCAAUUGAACUAACUCCCCUAUAUCUCAGGAGAAUACUUAUCUUUUACUUAAAAAAAAAUGAAUUAAAAAUAUCGGAUAUAAUCUUUUAUUUUGCAAUUAGAAUUAGAACAUUAAUCUUUUUUUUUUAUCUUUCUUUAUAUAUAAUCGAAAUCGACUACAUCAAUAGACCAUAGCAAAAAUAAAUUAAAAGAAUAAUAAUGGCAAGUGUAGACAUACACAGUGAUAUCCUCAUGAACAUACUUUGCCAUUUAAGUGUGAAAGACUUGCUCCGUUACAGAUCAGUAUGCAAAGAAUGGCGCACUCUAAUCGACGCUCCACAUUUCAUCAAGAUGCAACUCAAAUCUUCCAAACAAGGACUCUUCAUCUUCAUCAACAAUGAAAAAAACCAACAAAAAGACAUGUAUUGGCUCGACCUUACUAACCAAGGCUGCUCAAUUGAAAAAAUCAGAUCAUCAAUACCCCCAUUCGGCACACCCUCUGGUUGUUACAAUGGCCUCAUAAUAACCCAAGAUCGUCCUUCAAUUUACAAUCCAUUUACAAAAAAUCACACACCCUUAUCCCAUUAUAGUUAUAGAUUAUCACCCUAUGCGAAAGUUAUUGGAUUGGGUUACGAUCCUCUUAUCGAUGACUAUAAGGUUGUAGCUCACACAAGAUUUGAUAGCAUAAGACAAAAUUAUGUGAGUAAGUACCACUUGUAUUAUGUCAAGGCUCAGACUUUGAAAAGGCUUGAUUGUCACGAUGCUUUUUUGGAAAACUAUGGUUAUGAGUUGAGUAAUUGUGCCUUUGUUGACAAUUGUUUGUAUUGGAUAGUAGUGAAGAGUGAAUCAAGUGGUAUGAACUUAAUUUUUGCCUUUGAUCUUAAGACUGAAAAACACAAUACUUUGUCUUUGCCAUUUCAAAGUAAGGGUAACGCGUUUAGAGCUGUGGAAUUUGAAGGCUCAGUUUGUGUCAUCAAACCUAUUUACAGAGAUAUUGGUCCACUACUGGAUUAUGAGAUAUGGGUGAUGAAAGAUCAUGAUAAAGAGAAUAGUAGUUGUAAUUGGAGUAUGUUAUUCUCGGUUGUGCCUGGUGUUUUUGGCAGUAACCUCAGUGUUGUGCCUUUGAAAUACUACAACACUACUAAUGAUCAGAUUUUCUUGAUGCUUGAUUUCCACAAAUUAGUUGUUUAUGAUUUGAAAACAAACACAGUUAUCAAAAUAGUACGUUUCCAUGAUCUUAUGGCUAAGUCGGGUAAUAGGUUAAGUGUAUUUUUGGGUGUCCAAAGCCUUGUUGGAUUCUGAUAUUAUAUAUUAUCUAUAUAUAAAGAAGAAAUAAAAGUAAAUAUUAAUUGUUA